AUGCUUUCCCUCCGUACUAAUGAAGACAUCUUCGACUUCUCUUCUUGUUGGACCAACAAGCUUUCAUUUUCGCACAUCAAGAGAUCUCAUCUUUUGCUUUAUUUUGAAAUGCCUGCGCUAGCCAACAGUUCAAAGGCCUGGAGAAGCUGGUGGGACCGACUCCAUGAGCUAUCAAAAGCGGAUGGUGUCAGUACGACCGAACUGAAACAAUUCAUUGAUGACCCUCCCCUCAAGUCUGAACUCCCCAAGCUCGCGGCAGAGGAUAUGACCCCGACCGAUGUGAACGAGUGUUUUGGUCUUACCCAAGCCCGCGGCCCUGAGGCAUGGCAAUUUCCGCGUCCGCUCAUCCUCAUCCGGCCAGAUUUCGAAACCUGGCUUAGCACGUUUAAGGAGCGAACUAGCCCCUCAGAACGUACCGAAGCUCGGUCGCGUUGCAAAAUAGAUGGCCUGCUUUUCACGAUCUGGGAGAAUCUGAAGGCUCAUGGGUAUCUGGAAAAUGGUCCGAAUAUUAGUCUCCAAUUUGAGACCUCACUUGAAUGUAGACCGGUUACCUACCACAACAAGCAACAGAACCUUGUUGGAAAAGCGGACUACUGUGUGCUUUUUGGUGAGCCGAAACACAUAGCUUGCCACUUGGUCAUAUUAGAGGCCAAGCAGGACCAUGGAGCCUCCACAAGCACCCACGGGCAAAUUCUGGCCUAUAUGGCAAUGGUGCAGGCUUGCCGAAGGGCUCGUGGACAGUCUAAUAGCACUGUGUGGGGUGCCCUGACAGAUGGGCAAUGGUUUUACUUCUUUCGGCUGAACAAUGAAGGGCAAUGGUCUGCUGUCGCGUACCAAGUACACCGCGAUGGCUGGGGAGUCAUCGCGAAUGUUAUUGCAUAUAUGAUAGUACAAGGGCACGAGACUGCGGCGUCUCCGUUGCGAUCAAGUGUCUCCCCUAGGUCCUCGAAGGCCGCGCGAAUCCCAUGUCUCAACAUCGCGGCCUCCCUGGACGCGCAGAUGUUUUCUGCUGCUCUCUGA